AUGACUUCGCUCAUAGAACUUCAGAGGAACUACAUCUUCAAUACCUUGACCAAUGUUCAGACUGCCAAUGGGCUGAAGAUCCUUAUACUCGACAAAACGACGGAGGAUUACCUCGUGAAGAUCAUCUCACGCAGCGAGCUGCUGCGGAUCGUCACUGCGGUGGAGAGAGUUGAUCAGAGACGGAAGGUUCAAUCCUCCGUUGAGGCAAUAUACCUCUUGGACUCGACACUGUUCUCGGUGAACUGUAUGCUGACUGAUUACAAGCACAUCCCGAUCCGCUAUAAGGCUGCACAUGUGUUCUUCUUGCCAGGGUUGACGAGUGAGCUGUCUCGGAUCAUGAAGCAGGUCCCACAGUUCACCCAAUGUACGAAGACAUUCACCGAGUUCCAGGUGUGUAUUGAGCCAAAGGAGUCCAUGGUGUUCACCACAAGGGACUACCAAGGAAUGCAGAUCUUCUACAACAGCCAUUGCCAUGACCUGGUCACUGAGACGGUGAAGAGCACUGCACGUUCGCUUGUGAAUGUGUGUGUAAUGACUGGUGAAUACCCGGUAAUUCGAUACUAUACGCCAAAUGCCAAUGACGGCUACUUCCAAGCGUCCAUACUGCCAAAGAUGAUUGCCAUGGAGUUCCAGGAGCAGCUGGAUAACUAUGCCAGGGAUCACCCUGAAUUCCCACCACAGUCCACAAGACAGAGAUCGAUAUUCUUGGUUACUGAUCGUACAAUGGACUUAUUUGCACCACUGCUCCACGAGUUCACGUACCAGGCAAUGGCGUACGACGACUCGAAGGAUAUCAACGGCAAUUCGUAUAUCUACGAGGCCGAAAAUGAGCAAGGAGAAGUUGAGCCAAAGACAGGUGAAUUGAACGACAAGGACCCUGAAUGGUGCACGUUGAGACAUUUGCACAUUGUCGACGCAAAGGACCUCCUGAACUCGAGAUUGGAGGAGUUUCUAUCCAAGAACCAGAUGUUUGUAGACAGAUCCAAGAUCAAGACGGCAUCUGACAUCCUCACCGCAGUGGCACGCCUGAAAGGGUUCGACGAGGAUAGAAGGCUCCUCAUCAUGCAUAAGACGUUGAUCGACCAGCUGCUGGAGAUCAAUAGGACAAAGAAGCUGGCAGACCUGGCUGAUUUGGAACAAACGCUGGCGAACUUUGGUGUUGAUAUCGAGGGCGAAAAGGUCAAAGACCUUGCCGAUAGACUUGUCUCCAUGGUUGCCGAGGAUAGAUAUGAACUCAAGGACAAGCUGAGGGUGAUCAUAUUGUAUGGAUUGUACAGAGGAGGCCUCAUCGAAGAGGAUUACGUCAAGCUGAUCCGUCUCAUGGGGUUCUCUUCACCAGAUGAGAUCCACUACCACAUGUCCUUCAUCAAGAACUUUGACCUGAUUGGGUUCAAGCUGAUUAAACCUGACUUGAAAUCCAAGUCCCUGUUCAAGAGAGAUUUCUACCAUGAAUCCGUGUCUGAGAACUCCUACAACACAUCCAGGUUCCGUCCUUCUAUCAACUCCAUAGUGACAAAAGCUCUCCAGAACUCGCUGGAGCAGUCUGUCUUCGAGUAUACGAAGGAUAAGCCCCUGGACGAUGACCCAGAAACCCCUGGGCCUGUCCACGUGACAACGUCGUUGAGAAACCCCAAGCAUAAGCCCUCAUGGGCUCGUACCAACAGUGCGUACCAGGCACCAAGACAACGUAUCUUCUACUUUGUUGCAGGUGGAAUCACCUACUCGGAGGUGAGAACCGCAUAUGAGCUGGGCAACCGUUGGGAGAAGGAUGUCAUCAUUGGUGGAGACGAGAUACUCACGCCUUCCAACUUCUUGAAGCAAGUCCACAAGUUGAAUGCACGCCGUGAGGACUUGAACCUGUACAUUGAUUACAAACGUUCCAAGCCAACAGAGGCACCUCGCUAUCUGUUGGAUGAGUUCCAAAGAACACAUACUCCCACCACUUCAGACGUGACAGACGGUCAAGCCGGAGUGUUCCCGAGACCUUCAGUGGGCCCAGCAGGCACAGCAUCUCCUACUGCGAGCCCAUCAUCACAUAUUGAGGCUUCACCAAGUAAGAGUAAGAAAGAGAGGUUUAGAAAGUUCUUGAGAAAGUCAAAGGAAUGAACAUAGUUGUUUAUUAUAGAGAUGUUU